AUGGUUGAACAACUUAUUUAUCUUAGCAUUACAAGGCCAGAGAUAAGUUAUUCAGUUCACAUUCUAAGCCAGUUUUUGCAAGAACCAAGGAAACCUCAUUUAGAUGUUGUUCAUCAUCUUUUGCGAUAUCUUAAAGGUGCACCUGGGCAAGGACUAUAUUUUCCAGCCAAAGAAAACUUGCUACUAACAGGAUUUUGUGACGCAGAUUGUGCUCGAUGUUCAAUCAUGAGACGAUCUAUGACCGGUUAUUGCAUUUUCCUCAGAGAAGUUCUUGUUUCGUGGAGAACCAACAAACAAACGAUGGUGUCGAGGUCCUCAGCAGAAUCAGAGUAUCGAGCCAUGACUUCCAUCACGUGUGAACUUACUUGGCUUAAAUAUUUGCCGAACGACUUACGGGUAGAGCACCCUUAUCCGGCUAAACUAUUCUGUGACAGUCAAGCAGUGCUCCACAUUGUUGCCGAUCUAGUUUACCAUGAACGCACCAAACAUAUAGAAAUCGAUUGCCAUGUUGUUCGAGAAUGA